UUGCUAUGGAAACAGCUUGGUUCUGAAAGAUUUGCCAAACAAGAUGUUAUUUUUCUUAGUUUUUAAAGGGUUUUCUUCUUUGCAGUGUUAGAAAAUGAACAAAGGAACGACGAUCAAAGAUGCUUUGGCAAAAUGGGAGGAGAAAAAUGGCAAGAAACCAUCGGAGUCGACAGAAAUAUUACUCUAUGCCCAAUAUCCUCCAAUUGAAAAAAUGGAUGCAUCACUGUCGACUUUGGCAAAUUGCGAGAAACUAUCACUUUCCACAAACUGUAUUGAGAAAAUUGCCAACUUGAACGGACUAAAAAAAUUAAGAAUCCUAUCUUUGGGACGCAACAAUAUCAAAAAUCUAAAUGGCUUGGAAGCGGUUUCAGAUACGCUUGAAGAACUGUGGAUAUCUUACAACAACAUUGAAAAACUUAAAGGAAUUAACGUCCUUAAGAAAUUGAAGGUUCUUUACAUGUCAAACAAUCAAGUGAAGUCAUUUGACGAAUUCCAAAAACUGGCCGAUUUACCACAGCUGCAAGAGUUACUCAUGGUAAUCCUCUCGAAGAAAAACAGACCUCAGACGGUACUUGGCGGCCGGAAGUGACUAGAAGAUUACCGAAUCUUAAGAAGCUUGAUGGUAUAACUAUCGUUAAAGAAGAUGGUGAUGAUGAUGAAGAAGAAAGCUGAGCACAACUAAACCUUUCCGCUUUGUACAUAUCGCUCAAUGCUUGAUUUCUAGCAGUGCAUAAAAUUAUAUACUUUCUAUUCUUAAA